AUGCUGCCGGCGGGUCGGCUACGGCUCAGUCGCUUUGCUGUGGGAGACACCGUGGAGUACUGGUCAGCGACCUCCAAGUCCUGGGUCCAAGCCAAGGUGAAUCGGACAGCUGCCGCCCAUCAUUCUGCAGGGCUAGGGGUUGGAGAGAUGGGAUAUCUACACACGAGCUUACACUAUACAUGUAAAUUAACACAUGUUCUCCGCAUUUUUUUAGGGAAAAUUUGCCAAGCAAGUCUGAGACCAUCCCCUUUCAGAUCAUGUACUGUAUGGAUAUGCCAUGAUAUGUCCACAACUUGGGUACUGUAG